AUGGUGGACUUCACGCAACAUCCUGUAAAGGGCGUGUACGCGUUGGCCGCCCUGGGCCUUGAGCUCGUGCGAUUCCCAGUAUUCAUUGUCAAAUUCCUCCUCUUCGGUCGCCAGCACCCUAGCUGGACCUUUCGACAGGCCAUUACUGUGCACGCCCUCUUCUCUGGGCUAUGGCACGUGGCUACGGUGCAAGCUAAGACACCACUGCCUCUCACACCGGACCGGGAGAAGGAGCGAUUCCUUGUCAUCAAACCGGCGAAGGAUGACGUAUACAAAGGACCAUUGAGGAGCAACAAGGACGUUGUGCCGGCAGAAAUUGGUGCGACUUGGUUUCCUGCGCCAUUGACCACGGGAAGCGAUAAGAGCAACGUCAAGGUCGUCCUUCAUAUACACGGCGGCGCUUUCGUCACAGGAGAUGGAAGGACGGGACAAUGCGGAGCUCCCGCAAAGAAACUUCUCAAGCACACCCUAGCCACACACAUCUUCUGUCCUCAGUAUCGCCUCUCCACGCUGCCUGCCUCCAAGACAUCGAACCCUUUCCCAGCCGCGCUCCAAGACAGCCUCACGUCCUACCUAUAUCUCUUGAACGACCUCAAGAUAUCCCCGAAGAACAUCAUACUCUCCGGAGACUCGGCGGGCGGCAACCUCGCCAUCUCCCUUCUUCGCUACAUUUCCGAGUACGGCUCCGACCUCGGUCUACCUGCUCCCUCGUCAGCGCUUCUCUGGUCGCCCUGGAUCAACCCCGCCGAUACCUCUGCAUCAUACGUUCAUGACAAUCGGAACUAUGCCACAGACUACCUCUCUCCUCCCUUCACGUCCUGGGGCACCCAGGCAUAUGCUGGUGAAGCUGGCGAGCAGGUUCUGUCGCAGCCAUACAUUUCGCAUAAGAACCGCACAUUCAAGACCGAGGUGCCUAUUUGGGUGAAUGGAGGUGGGGGAGAGAUACUAUACUUUGACGUAGUCGAAUGGGCUGAGAAGAUGAAGCAAGCAGGUAAUGAUGUACAGCUUGAUAUCGAAGAGCACGUUCCACACGAUCUCUUACUUUUGGGUCACAUCUUGGGAUUCGAGCAAGAGGCUGUAAACAUGGCUAAACGGGCAGGCGAAUGGCUGAACGAGCAGAAAAGAUAA